AUGACACCUCCUGCGCUUUGGUUGGUAUCCUGGGGCUUGCUCCUGCUCCAAAGCCAUUUUUGUGACGCAAAAGCAAUCAAGUUACGUCAAUACGACAUACCUUCAUCACCCUCGGUUGGUCGUGAGCGCAUCAGCAUCAACACAGAUUGGCAAUUCUGGCGAUCUGAGAAGAACCCCGAUGGUGUUACCUACGACAAUCGAACAGAUACACCACAAGGCAACAUCACGUACCUGAAGCCGUGGGUGCUUCCAAAUGCCAAUGAGUUCAUAUCCGACGUAGCAAACCAUUUCGAAACUCCGUCUAGUGGUCCUACGGUACAAAUCCCGUAUGUUGACAGUAGCUUCGACGAUGGAGAUUGGGAGAACGUUAAUCUGCCUCAUGACUGGGCAAUCAAGGGCCCCUUCUAUGUCGGUGAUCCAACGCCUAUCCCUGGCAGCAUGGGUCGCUUGCCAUCGCAAGGAGUUGGCUGGUACAGAAAAAAACUGUCGAUGACUGCUCAAGAUUCUGGGAAAACCGUAUAUCUGGACAUCGAUGGUGCCAUGUCCUACGCCAUUGUGUGGCUCAAUGGUCAGCUCGUGGGCGGCUGGCCAUAUGGAUACAACUCUUUUCGUCUCGAUCUAACCCCGUACCUGCGACCUGGCGAUGACAACCAACUAGCCAUUCGCCUUGACAAUCCACUUAAAUCAUCGCGAUGGUACCCAGGUGGCGGCCUUUAUCGUAAUGUCUGGCUCACUAAGGUCAUGCCCGUCCAUGUCGCCCACUACGGCACGCAUAUUAUGACGAAAGAUGUCUCCGCAAAAUCUGCGACAGUCGAGCUUGUUGUGCAAGUCGAGAGCAAGAGUAAUGUUAGCCAGCAGAUCGAUGUCGCAACGGAUAUACACAUUUACGAUUCGAAGACGGGACAAGCGUGCGAGAAAGUCGCGGAGUUCCCAAGGACAUCUGUAGCAUUAUCUGCAGGCAAGGAGUCAUCCAGCGCUUCAGUCACCAUCGAAAACCCUCAGCUGUGGGGUCCACCCCCAUCGCAGAAACCUCAUUUGUAUGUUGCCGUCACUCGCCUACUAAGCAAUGGCAGCAACACGGUCGUUGAUACAUAUGAGACUCGGUUUGGUAUUCGUUCGUUCACAUACAGCGGUGAUCAAGGUCUGUCAGUGAACGGAGAGCGUAUUCGCAUACAAGGUGUGAACCAACAUUGUCACGACCUGGGCGCGCUCGGAUCAGCUUGGAACUAUCGUGCUGCUGAGCGUCAGCUUGAGAAAUUACAAGAGCUAGGCGUCAAUGCCAUUCGUAUGGCUCAUAACCCGCCAGCAUCUGAGCUCCUCGACUUGACUGAUCGCUUUGGAUUCGUAGUCAUGGAUGAGAUAUUUGACGUUUGGGAAAGGAAGAAGACGGACAACGACUACCAUCUCAUCUUUGCCGAUUGGCAUGAGCCUAUGUUGCGAUCUUUUCUUCGCCGCGACCGCAACCAUGCAUCAAUAUACUCCUGGAGUGUGGGUAAUGAAGUCGGCGAGCAGACUUGUUGCGGCAACAGAGGCUUCGAGAUCGGCUCAAUGCUCAACAAGAUGGUCAAAGAGGAAGAUCCAACACGGCCCGUUACAGCGUCUAUGAACACUGCUAAGCCAAACAUGACCUUUCCUGAAGCCUUCGAUCUUAUCAGCCUUAAUUACCAGGGUGAGGGUAUCCGCGACACACCGCAGUAUUCGUGGACGAACGGAACACGCACGCCACCGCAGUAUCAAGCAUUCCACGACAAAUUUCCUGAGAAAUUGAUCUCAGAGAGCGAAUCAGCGGCUGCACUAAGCUCGCGAGGAACAUACAUAUUUCCCGUCAGCCAGCUGAACAGCGCACCGGUCAACGACACUAACGGCGGCGGAAACUCGUCUCUAUUGUAUGUCAGCAGCUAUGAGCUACAUACUACUCCCUUCGGCUCUACAGCAGACAAAGUCUUCGCAGCCCAAGAUGCACACCCUUUCGUAGCUGGAGAGUUCAUAUGGUCCGGUUGGGACUACCUGGGUGAACCUGACCCCUACCAGCAAUCCCGCAGUAGCUAUUUCGGUGUUAUAGAUCUUGCUGGUUUCAAAAAGGAUCGAUACUACAUCUACCAAUCUCGCUGGCGCCCCGAUCUCAAAAUCGCACACAUCCUUCCACACUGGAAUUGGCCAGAUCGAGUCGGCCUUGUCACUCCAGUCCAUGUCUUCACGAACGGUGAUGAAGCAGAACUGUUCGUCAACGGAGCGUCACAGGGUCGCAAGAAGUUGGGAGCAACCGAGUAUCGCUUCCGUUGGGAUGAGGUCGUUUAUCAACCUGGUGAAGUCCAUGUGGUUACUUACAAGAAUGGGACUCAAUGGGCUACAUCGUCCGUACACACAACGGGUGCGGCUACGACUAUACGUCUCACAGCUGAUCACAAAGAGAUUACAGCUGACGGCGAAGACUUGUCUUUUGUUUCGUUGGAGCUUGUUGAUAAGGACGGAAACCUUGUCCGUGAUGCAAACGACCAUAUCACUUUUUCCAUCUCUGGGCCAGGAGAGAUCGUCGCUACUGACAAUGGGUUCCAAGCGGAUUGGACUCCUUUCCCUUCUCUGGAACGAGAUGCUUUCAGUGGCCUUGCUUUGGCUAUCGUGAGGCCGAAACGAGGAGAGAAGGGCUCCAUCACGGUGACAGCUACUGCGGCAGGCUUGGAAGCUGGCAGCGUGGACAUCACAGCACAAUAG